UCGUAACGAUGGAAUGUCGAAGUGUCUCAAAAAAUGUCUUCAAGGUCUUGGACGGUGGCUUCUGUGGACAAUUGUCACGGCAUAUGAGUGCAAACGUCAAUAAUGAUCCACUCUGGACAGCACGGUUUCUGAAAACCAAUGUCGAUGCCGUAUAUGACACGCAUAUGGAUUUUCUACGCGCUGGUGCCGACAUUAUCGAGACCAACACCUACCAAGCGUCCGUACCCGGCUUGAUGAAAUAUCUAAAAGUGAGUGAACAAGAAAGUUUGGAGUUGCUCAACGUAUCCGUAAACGUAGCUAGAAAAGCUGUGAAUGACUACAUCCGCGAAGCGUGCAUUCCCUAUGAGUCAAAGCCUAUGAUCGCUGGAUCUUGCGGUCCUUACGGCGCUUAUCUACACAAUGGGUCUGAAUACACGGGCUUCUAUGGAAAGAGUAUAACCCGACAAGAACUGAUAGAUUGGCACAGGCCGCGCGUUAAAGCGCUAUUAGAUGCUGGUGCUGAUCUUCUAGCUUUCGAAACUAUACCCUGCAUCGAGGAAGCGGAAGCCAUUUUAGAAUUGUUGAAGGAAUACCCAGGUGCCCGUGUCUGGCUCUCGUUUUCAUGCCGAGAUGGUCAUUUCAUGUCGGAUGGUAGCGGAUUCCAAAAUACAGCUGUGUGCUGUUACCGCACCUUGCCAUCGCAGAUCGUCGCGGUUGGUGUAAAUUGUAUCGAUCCGAAGUACGUGACUCCCUUACUGAAGGGUCUCAAUGAGAACACGUCAUCGGAAAAGGAUUUCAUUCCUCUGAUAGUGUAUCCCAAUAGAGGUGGCAGCUAUUCCGCAAGCGGCGAAUGGAUCGCGGUCGAAGAGGAUCAAUCUCUGAAUCUGCCCAUAUCGGAAUGGUUGGACCUAGGAGUUCGUUACAUCGGCGGUUGCUGCAAGAUCUUCGCUGAUGACAUUAAGCUAAUUCGAUCGGAAGUGAAUCGACAUUCGCUUCAGAAAAAAAUUCUGAACAAGUGAUAGUAGCGAUAUUCAAAUAUAUUUGUUAUUGUUAUUGAUAUACAUAUACGCGCUGGUUAAAACCGUCUGAGUGUAUGCGUCAUCCAUUUUAUUGAACACAAUGAUUUUUAUACUAAUUUCUCGUAUAUAUUACCGAUAUUAUACCAUACAG